AUGCAUCAACAACCCCAACAACUCAAUACGUUCACUCAACAGAGACAUUCCUUUCAGACCACCCAUCAUGAUCUGGAGGGCAAUGGAUUGAACGGAUCAUCCUCCUCCUCUCCAUCUGUUUCCAUUCCCAUGCCUUUCUCAACCACUUCGGGAUACAAUGCUUCGGGAACAUCCUCCACAACAAGAAAGGCUUCUUCUGCUGGAACGGGUAUGAAAAGAGGUUUUUUAGUGCGGAUGAAACGAAUUGCGAGAUUGUGUGGUUGUUCUUCAUCAUCAGCAUCGUCGUUAUCCUCAAAGGAUAAAUUAUCAAUGGAUGAAUUUUUGAAUCAAGAGGACAAGAGUGCAAAAGGAAAAACUAGUACGAGAAUCAAUCGAUGUUGUAUGGGAGUAGGAAUGACAUUGAUUGUGUUUUUAAUGAUGUGUUAUUGGUUUGUUUAUGUGUGGAAUGCUCCAUAUUAUCGAUUGGAAGCAAGUGGACCUCUGAUUCAUGAAAAGGAUGCUGCAAUGGUUGCAGAUAAGAGGUAUUUGAUCAAAACUAGGACUUAUCCAUCGUUUUGGAUUGUUGCAUUGUCACCUCAAAAGGACGUUUGGAUUAGUCGUCAACUCUAUGAACGAGGAUGGUGGGAAAGUGCUAUUGAAGAUACAUUUGAAAAGAUUUUAAAAGAAUUUUUCAAAAAGAAUGCUCUGGCAAAAGAAUCCAACAAGAAAACAUGCAGAGUGGUUGACGUUGGAGGCAAUUUAGGUUUUUUCAGCUUGCUGUCAGCUGCUUGGGGAUGUCAAGUGAAAACCUACGAAGUACAACCUGAUAUGAUUAAGAAAAUUCAAGCAUCCAGCGUGAUUAAUGGUUUUGAACACUUAAUGACCAUUAGACAUCGAGCAGUAGAUUCCGAAUCUGGAAAAUUUGUUGGAUUUGCUCUUGGCUCAUCCGAUAACUUGGGCUCUGCAUUUGUAUAUAAUCCUGAUGAAAACGAUAAAACAGUCAAGAUUGAGACUGUCACACUCAAUGACGAGCUCAUGACAGACAUCAAAGAUCCAAACAAUAACAGAAUUACACUCCUCAAAGUCGAUGUCGAAGGAAAUGAGAUGAAAGUUUUCCAAGGAGCUGGAAAGGUACUCAAAUAUGUGGACAAUGUUCUUGUCGAAGUUAGCAGAAGCAGUCUUCUCGCUGUAAAAUUAUUGAUUGAGCAUGGAUUUAAUGUCAUUACCGUUUUGGAGGAACCUCGAUUAGUUUGGGGUUAUUUUGUGAAAACUGCUCCUUCCAAAACGUUUAUUAAUCCCACGUAUGAACAAGUUGCAGCAUAUGUGACUUCACUUGUCGGAAAGAGAGAUGUUUGGUUCAGUAGAAAGGACACGGAAGCUAUAACAUUGUAA